AUUGGUGAAGCCUUCACUGGUGAAACGUUCACCGUGAAUGAUUCACCACUCGCGUUCACAACUGCUAGAAAAGUGAUUGUGAAUGAGUGAGUGAAUCAGCUGUGGUGAAAAACUGCUUGAGUGAAUUCGAAAACGUCAAAAUUCAUUUGUUUACAUCCUAAGUGUCAGAAAAAAUCACGAAUUUCCUCGCUUUUCUUUUUUAAAAUGGACAUUUUAAUAAUAAGGAGAAUUCGCCGUGCUCGCGAGAAACGCCGUGUGAAGAAUUUGCGUAUUAUACGACGUGAAUUACGUGAUACCAUUAAUCCGCUGGAAGAUUAUCCGGAAGGGUACUUCAAGCAAGUGUUCCGUCUUACAAAAGACAUUUGUAGGACAUAUAUGCGCCUCAUAUUUCCCUAUAUGGAGGAUAGGGAUAGAUCUACAGGUCUCACAAAAGAACAAAGGGUACUAUGUGCCCUAAGAUUUUUUGCAUGUGGAAGUUUUCAACGAUCCAUUGGACUUGAGUCGGAGAUCAGUCAAGCGCAGCCAACAGUAUCCCAGUGUCUUGAUGAAGUACUUAAUAUCAUAGAUGAAUAUAUUGCGCCGCAAUUUAUUAAAUUUCCCACUACAACAGCUGAGAAGAAUGAUAUAAAAAGGCAGUUUUAUCAAAAACAUGGGAUACCGGGAGUUAUUGGACUGAUUGACUGCACUCAUGUCCUGAUCAAGAGACCUCCGGUUGCAGUUGAGCAUGCUUAUUAUUCAGUACGAAAAGCAGCUCAUUCGAAGAACGUCCAAAUCAUUUGCGAUCAUAAUUUAAAAAUUCUCAACGUCAACCCAAAGUUUGGAGGGCUUGUCAACGAUAGCUUUAUCUUCAACAGUUCCUCAGUAAGCCAAUACCUGCGCUACUCCUACAACCGAGGCGAAAGAGAUAGUUGGCUGUUGGGAGAUAGCGGAUAUGGACUUCUGCCGUGGCUUAUAACUCCGGUACCGACUCCUCAUAAUGAGGCAGAGGAAAGAUUCAACAAUGCGCAUAAAGCCUGUCGCUCAACUGUUGAAAGGUGUAAUGGGGUGUUGAAGAGUAGGUUCAGAGCAAUUUCUCGCCAAAGAAUCUUACUAUAUGAUCCAGUGAAGGCGGGAAAAAUUAUUAAUGCGUGCUGCACUUUACACAACGUUAUGAUUCUUAAAGGAUACCCUCUGCCAACAGAUGAAGAGAUAGCAGCUGAACUUGAUAAUCAGGUACAAGCAGAUGAGGCUCCAUAUGGUGACUUUGUGGAAAUGGAUACCGUCGCAAUCUUGCAGAAUGGAAGGAGGUUGAGGGACCGAAUUAUUAGAGAUAAUUUUUAA